AUGCCGGCAUUCCAAGCAAUAAACCUCGAGCCAGAGGAUAAUAUUGACGAGCAAAUCGACACCACCAAAGAGAUCCAUGUCGACGAAGCUCUCAAGCGAUUUCAGCAUGCAUUAAAGCUCCAUGCGCAAGGCCCACGAUCACGCGAAGCCGCUGAAGCCGCAUAUAACGAACUCUUUGAAUCCGAAAUCUUCAAAUACCGGGAAGCCAAAACCGACUACGAGCGAGCAGAGCGAUACGCGGAUGGCCAACCAGAGGUAUCCAACUUGGACCCCUCCCUCACAGAUGGGGGACUUGAUGUGGACGCUGGAGGAGCAGAUGGUGUAGCAGCAAGCUUGGCCCAGGCACUCUACUUAUCGUACAAAAACUAUGGCCAAUUCUUCGUCGACAAAUUUAAGGACGCAUCGACUUCAGAUACAGCAUGGAAGGAAAAGGCCCAACUAAAAUACCACGACGAUGGACGCAAGGUUUUGGAUAGCUGGAUGACCGCACUGGAUCAAGAUCCAUCAGACCCGGAGCUUUGGAGAAAGGCUGCUCGUUUUGCUGGCGCGAUCAACAGCAACCGCAUUAAGCGGUACUGCCUUGAGGCCGCGAUUGAGUUGGACGACGAUCCUGCUGUGAUGGAACUUGACCCUCCGUCAUUAGCAGAGGGGAUGGCGGGCGAACAGUUGAAAGAUCAAUUGAAGCUUCUAGGCGACGAUAUGGCUUUGUCACAUCCGAUCAUGGCGCCGUGGCUCAAGAAGAAGAUGCCUGCGCUCCUUAAGCGCCACUUGGACCCCAUUCCCUUUCUUCCCGACCCUACCAAAUCAUUGAUACCGCCCAAGGUUUCUGAUACACAGGCCCAGACUCAAGAAGAUACGGAAAUGGGCGACGCAGAUAACGCUAGCCUCACAGAGCCCAAAUCUGUGUCAUCUUGGGCUGAACUUGGGGCGAAACUCAUCAACUGCCUCGAGACUACAGCCGAAGCUUUCGAUACAUGCGAUGGAAUUGUCGAAAGUAGCCUGGAAGAUGUUCCAAUAGAAACACCACCAAACGAAAUCGAAAGCGUUGCGUCGGAAAUCGAGGUCGCAGUCACAAAGCCCACCGAAACAGAGAAAUCACCAGAGAAGGACUCCACCCCGAAGGAGCAAAAGGCAGGGUCCGAAGGAACCGAAGAUAGCCAGAAAACUGCGGACCAAUCUCAGAAAGAUUCGAAUGGAGCAUCAGCGAGAAAACGAUCGCAAUCUGCAGCGGGACUGCCAGAUGGAGCAGAAGAAGAAAAUGCGAUGGAAAAACGCAGCAAGCGAGUUCGACGAAGAGAAACUCUCCAAGCCGAGGAAACGACAGACCCCAAUACUUUAAUUGCUAAUCAACUGCAGCCCUAUCAAGGAGCUGACCAGAAUCUCUUCCAAAUGACAAAGAGCGUCUUGGAGCAUCUGGGCGUGGAGGACAAAUCGACAUUCGCUUUCAUCACUGAGCUUAUUGACUCAUGCGCCACUGAAAACCGACCUGGGAAAAUAACAAAUCUUGCUGCAUGCGACUUGAGUAGUGUUAUUGUUAAUUUUCGUGAAGAGGUUGCUAAGGUCUUCCUACACAAGAACGAACAAGCCAGUCUUGGACCAUCCUCUUUCCUGGAACACGCUAAAACCGGCUCGCAAGAUCAGCCCUCCAUGCCCUCUUUCAACGAAAAGCAAGGCUUGAGAUCUUUUGCCAGAAAGAUUGGAGGUUGCAGGUCGUGGAUGACAGCCGAAGACGUCGCCUAUGAAUGGGUCAGGGCUGUUAGCCAAAGUUAUGCGACAGCCAAGUGGUCAGACAAAAUGAAGCUAUCUGUGGUUCAGAUGCUAAACAAAGUGGACUCUACACUAUAUCGGAAGAUUACUGAAGAGAUGGAACUGGCUGCUGGUUCCGCUGAGAGGUUAGCAGACUUGGAGACCAUUGUGCCUAUGCUUUUUGAGCUUCAUGUCGACAUCUAUGAACUCAUCACCAAUCCUAGCAGCGUUGUGGAUUAUGCGACUCGGAUGGACACCAAGUACCGACUUGGGCGGUGGCUCGACAUUGCCUCAGCUUACCUUCGAUUGAUAGACCGCCCAGCAAACGAUCCUCUCAUAGCACGUUUCUUAUGGGCCUCAGUUCUCGUGUCUUCACACGCGGAACAGCCCCUACGUGAACACAUUCUCCUUAUGUGGACAUCUUUACGGGACCACCUUGCAGAUGAAAAGGUACCUGCAAUCUCACUCCCCAACAAUGUGGUCAUGCCGACAAUCUCUCCUGCUGCUGCUGAUCGUGAGAUCUCUAAACUGACGACAAUGGACUUCUUUCUUGGACUGUUCCAAGAUAACAUGGAUGACCCGGUCUUUGUCAUUGACACACUGGAGCCUGUUCUCAACCCAUCUACGGUGUGCGCUCCGAAUCAGGGAACAGAUUCCGAGUCAGGGGAAGACAGCGAUAGCAGUGCUAGCAGCGACACCACCGGCGCUAGCACCCUCGAUAGCAGCGACGACAGCACCGAUGACAACGACGAAAGCUCUGACGCAAGCUCCAACCAGAAGCAAAAGAAGUCCAUAUCUGAUUGCGCAAGCCAAAGCCUCAAAGAUCUCUGGAAAUUCCUCCACAACAGCAGCACGGAGCUUAGGUUGUUCCUGUGGUCACGUCUAGGAGACGCCUAUGAUGCUAUCAACUACUCUACCAAGAAAUUCUCUUGUUGCCUUAAAAGCAUUGAGUUGAUCGUAUCAGACCUGGAGGGCGAGACAUAUGCCAACACCGUACCUGAAUCUCGACGAUUGCUUUUCAUGCGUACUUUAAAAUCGCUAGACGAGCUUUUGAUUACGGCUCUCGGUUCUGCGUUGAACGAUAACACCGCCUUCGAAAUUAUCGACGAUGCCCACAUCAGAUCUACCUCAGCUGCUCUUGCCAAAGUCAACUGUUUACUGCACGUUGCAAGUCUGUGCGAAGAUGAGGUUCGAAUCGGCAUCAAGCCGGAAAGGACUGGAAAUGCCGCCUCCAAAGCUGCUUUCCAAGCACUGAAGAACAAGCUGAAGGAGAUGCAGAUUCGCGCAUGGUGUCUCCAAUACACCAUGUUCAAAGCUGGCAUCAAUAAGGAUAAUUGUAUCAUUGGACCUGAGAACGACCUUGCUGAUUAUCUCGCGGCUAUCCACCAAGUGAUUGGCAUUCGCAAAUUCUGCAAGGCUUCAAACAAGAUCUUCCUCAAGGUUAUGCGUGUCGAGCUUCUCAAGCUCAAGAACAUCGAGAACUGGGAAGAUUAUCUUGGCCAGGUUCUGUACGAUUUGCACGGUCUCAAGCUUGGCGCAGGCGUCUGGGAGGUUCAGGAUCAUGCUUGUCCCCCCGAGAAGCUUGAAAAACGACAGACUAUGCAGCUUGUGGAAAGAGUUUGCAUUCUUGCAAAUCGCAUGCCCAUGAAGGACCUACUCAAGUCAGAUCUCAAGACAACGAUUGAUCACAUGCAGCAGACAAUUGGCCAGACAAAGUCAACACCGCAGAUGUAUCACAACCUGCGUAAUUUUACUGAGUAUCUGAAAAAGCCAAUUCACCCCCUGCGUUUGUACCGCGCCCUUAUUGGAGACGUUUCCGUAGACGCUGUGUCUGUCAAUACCCCUGAGACUAUUCUUGCCACACAUGGCUGGUUCUUCUUGCUAGGCAUGAUGGCACUGACAAAGUUCAAGGGUGUUGAGCUCAACCGCCGUCAAACCCCUGGCGCAACUGACGAUCUACGCAUCGGUGCGACCUUCCUGCGGCUGCAGCUCCAAUUCACUGCAGACAGAUGGGAUGCUUGGUUCCGUCUAGCCGAGUGUUUUGACUACGAGCUGGAUGAGGCGGUUCUUUGGACUGCUGACAAGAUGAAUAAGGAGCGCCCUGAGCUGGUUAAAUUCCAGCGAAAUGCAAUUCACUGCUACACACUCGCACUGUCACAUUCCCGCAAUUUGGACAUCGAAACCCACGAUGGAGAUCCUCUCCAUGAUCUCUACCACAAGUUUGCUAUGAGGAUGUAUGCAUCAAGCCGAGAGCCUUUUGCCAUGGAGCCGUUCCAGCAUUCUGAUCAGGAGAGAUACUUCAUUGAAGAUAUGGGCAUAGGAACCUUCAAAAGAAUACUGCACUCCCAGAUGAAUAAAUACAAGGUUUGGAAAUUUGCAGCAAAGCUGUUCAGGAUGGCCAUGGAUCGAAAGCCAGACAACUGGAAGAACCCUUACAUGCUUUCCAAGUGUUAUUGGAAGAUGUAUCAGACUCCCGAUGACCAACUCGAUGUUAAAGACAUAACGUCCAAGAUCGGCCUGAUGACGCUAAUCGACACCCUUAAGAAAGCCGUGGAAGUGGCACACAAUGCUCGAAGAGGGAGGAACACAGAUCCCAUCUUUGAACCGCACUACAAGAUCGUUACUAUUCUUCACAAGUUGGUGAUACGAGGUGAUGUGCCAGCGAAGGAUGCUGCUGAGAUCUUAUCCGAGCAGCCAUUCGGCCUGGAAGUCAACCCUGAUGACCAUUUUGCUUCCUUCUCGGCACUUGAAGACUGGGAAGAAUAUAUUAUUCGUAAUCUUUCCAAGCUCAAAGAGAAGGAUAAGGCCAAUUGGCAGCAUCGCAUCAUCAUCAGACAUGCGAAGAUCCUGUUUGACGAGGCUACCGAAGUGUCAAGCGAGGAUAGACUUGUGAAUGCGAAGGCUGCGUUCGGUGUCCUCAGGGAUAGUAUGUUUACCAAGACUAUGGUCAUGAACGUAUGGAAGUGUGAUGCAGAGAGACCUGGCCGUCACCACGUAUACACAGAACAAUACGUGCGCCUUAUGACUAAGUUGCUGGUCAUUAUGAACGACCGGGGCAAUUUGGAGCAACUCUUGAGACGCCUUAGGAAGAAGGGUGCCGACUUUUACCAUUUCACGGAUCUCUGGCAAUCUUGCUGCAUGGCCUACCUCAAACUCCUACGUCAGGGUUACAAUGUGUCGCCUGUCGCUGACGAUGCGUUCAAGGCACUGUCGAGCGAAGAGUUUGAGGUUGUGGGCGAGCGGAUUGCUGAUUGGGCUGCAAGCGACGGCGCUGAAAAUCCGCUCUUCAAUUGUAUGAAGGAAGCGAUCGAAUUUAAGAAGCUUAAUGCCAAUCUUAUGAAAGUGGCGCCCAUCGACGACCUUCUUUAUGAUUGUUACUCCAGAAUCUAUUCUGAGAUAGCCAAGACUCUGCCUGGACCAGACCCCAGCAAGGUUGUGGAGGAGCGGCAUCAUGCGAAGGAGGUUGCAGCUCAGCUCGAAGCAGCACAGACAGAGACCAAGGUCACGAGUUCUCUCGCCAGUAUUCUCAAUGCCCCUAAUGGACAGGAGAGUAUCACUGGCACAGCGACUCCCAUGGAAACAGAGAAACAAGAGGCCGCGCCACGGUCCAGGAAAACCGGCGUUAGACGGCCAGACGUAUUACGAAAGGCUGAACAAGCGGUUAUCAGAGCUCUGGAGGCGCCCAAGCCAAACAAGAGCCGAGUGGGCAGCGUUUCGAGCGGCAAGCGUGGUAGCCGCACACCCAAUCAACGGGCAAGCGAUGCUGGAAGUGAGGAAGAUGGGCCUGAUUCGCAGAUCCGGCGUGAAGCUGGCCAUGACGGCGAUGUGGAUAUGAAGGAUGCCGGCGACGAGAAUGAAGAAGAUCACGGAGAAGAAGAGCAUGACGAAGAGAACGAAGACGAACAGGAUGAAGAGCAUGACGAAGCUGCUGAAGAUGAGAAUGCUGAAGAGCAUGGCGUCGAAGAAAAGGCCGACAGCGAGACAGGCAGCAUCGAAGACUCGGCUGAUGAUGAGAGUGACCUUAGUGACGUACCUGAGGACUACGACGAAGAAGUGCCUCCGGGACUUAGGUUCUCUAACCUUGGACAUCAGUCAGAAGAAUCCAGCGGAGAAGACGCCGACAGUGAAAGCGAAGGGGACGACGAAGCUGAGGAGAGUGACGGCGAAGAAGAGGCCGAGGAGGAAGCGGAGGGCGAAGAGACAUUAGGCAUCGAGGACACAGAGUUGGCGGAUGAGGAUGAGGAUGAAGACGAGGAGCAGCCUAAGAGAUCUGGUAGCUGGGCAGCGAAUGAUUCUAUACGGGCUGUGGGCUGGUGA